AUGCCGAAAUCAAUCUCCGAUGCCAGCUUUCACGACCUUCACGACCCUCACGGCCUCCUCCUCUACCACAUGAGUCGCACCAAGGUCUUCAAGAACGGCCGGCGAAGCUGCUUCCGAUGCCGCCGCAUGAAAGUGCGCUGCACCUUCGACACCGGCGAGGUCUGUACCCGCUGUGCAAAGUCCAACACGCGCUGCUUCUUUGAACAUGAAGUUGCGCCCGUCAGAAACUCACAACGACAAUGGCCGCCCCAGGAACAAACGGAUAAGGCGCGCGCCCGCCAGAUGGCCAUUCUCGACAAACCGCCGUCUGGCAUCUUCCUCAGAGCCUUCCGAGAACCGUCUCAUAGCUUACAGAUCGAGCGAGUCCGUGCCCUGUACAACGAGACGGCUGCACUGCUGGAACAGGUCAGCGGUGGCAAAAUCACCCACCCGGGGCUGUUUGAUCCUAACCCAGAAAGCCCCGGAUCAAUUUCAGCUCUCCACAACAACUGUAACGUCCUCAAAGACCUGUUUACUCUCGGACACACCUCCUACGACCAGUGCCGAGAACUGUUUCAUGCAUACACCCCAAAGUUCUGGGGACUGCGGUUCUACGAUCUCUCACGAGACUUUGACACGGCGCUCGAACGAUACCCUUUGACUCUACUUGGAGCUCUAGUGAUUUUGUGUAACCCCAAGGCGGCUGCUUCUCCCUCUUCAGAAGUGGCCCACUACUACAGACAGUUACAACGGACUCUGGGACACCAUUUUCGGGUGGCGAUUUCACGCCGAGUAAUUGUAGCCGAGCAUAUUGAUGCGGAUAUCAUCAACUCCGUGUCUCUGGUGUUGGCAUGGCAUACUCACAUGUUUGAAGAGACUUCUAGUCCAGCCACUGGACACAUGAUCAUGUCGAUUUUCAACCACUGUAUGGCUGCGGCUGCCGAAAUGGGCACGCUCAAGACAGAGGAGACGCCGCUCAAGGGCCCACCUUCGACGUUUGCCCAUCCUGGCUCUGAAGGACAGUUUUCACCGGUACGGGCCAACCCUCGAGCAUUUUUGCAUUCCUUCCUCAUGAGCACCGUUUGCGGCAUCAGUUUUCCACGAUAUCGCAUUUACUCGUGGUCUGUACAGCUAGGUAACUGUUUGGCCUUUCUUUCUGGCCCUGACGCUUCUUUAGAGGAUAUUCUAGUCUGUCACGUUGCUAGAGUGGUUGCUAUUGGACGCGAAACAGUAUCGGUUCUGGGAGAAGGCCAAAAGUCGCUCGGACAGCCCAAGCCGCUGUUCCAAGCACCAGUGGCGCCCGAAGCAGUAAUUGUCACAGUCGAAACCAUGGAAGCCAAACUCAAGGCACAGGUCAACAACUUCCAGUCGCAUCCGCAGUACCGAUCGUGCGCCCCUGACGUGAUGAUGGCCGCGGACUUUGUGGAAAAAUCCAUGCUUCUGAGUCUUUACGAAGACGCUGUGGAUUUGAUAUACACCAGCAAACUCGAAAACACGGGCCCCUUGGAAACCAUCAUCCUCAAGACGGCCCGUGUAACCGACCAGAUCAUCAAUUUGUACGAGGCUGUGGUCCAGGCUGAACCCCUGGUCUCUUCCUAUUAUACCUACAAGAUUCUGUCCAUUUUCAUGGGCUAUGUCAAGGUGGAGUACUACACAAAGACGCUGCUUUACAACAAGUUGUACAACAAGGCGCAGGGCGACUUCCCACCCAUCUGCCAGUCGCAAUUGCACUCGUACAUGGGCCGUCUGGAGCGUGCUUAUGCCGUUUUACAGCCCUUCACCCUGUCUCCUAAGCAGACCAUGGCCAUAGAGAAAGUCAAGGCGUAUUUGGCCUUCUACGACACACAUGGGUUCCCUAGCGAGGUGGGCGAUGUCAAUGCGAAGGACAAUGCUUCUGUAUCUCAUCAUCCUAUUUCCAGUGUGGUUUCAGGUGCCAAAACGAAGACUAUGGAUGGAGAGGGGAUUGGCAAUGGGCACGGCUCAGGGGCCCCCGGCUUGCCCUCGGGGGCUCUUCAAGGCAGCGAUUGGAUUCCGUUUGUGGACGGCGAGAAGCGGGACUCCACGAUUCUCGGUUAUUUGUAG